AAUUAACUUAAAGAGGCUGCUUUAAUGCAGUGGCAUAAUUUUCACAAAAAUAAACUUGCAAAAACAAAACUAGAAACUGGGAACUAAUAACAGAAACACUGGGAAACCUGUAAACUAGGGACAGAGCUCACAGGGAGCAUGGAAGGAGAAACACACAGCACGGUGAGGGGACGACGCGACACUGACAGAGAGAAACACAGGGCGAAAAUACACUGAGGGAAACAAGGAAAUGAGGCACAUGAGGGGAGCACAGCUGGGAGCAAUCAACAUGAGGAGCCCAGGGUGAAGCAAAACUAGACACACUGACAGUCCCUUGUCUUAUGUCAAAGUAAAGCAGGACUUGUGGACUUGACACUAAACUAAGGGAACACGUGACAUAAGACACGACUGACCAGGGAACAAGAAUAAGAAUAAUAAUACUACAAAAAUCAAAGACACUGGGUCACCGACCCAGGGCUGUGUCACUGUAAUUUAGAAUGUGUUUAACCAAAACAGUUAAAUCCUUUUUUCCUGUACUUCAGAAAGUGAGUGCUGCUCUGCCAACAAAGCAACAAACAUGUGUUUGCCCAUCAUCUCUAAACUGGUGCAAAGAAGAGAAACCUCAUCAGCUAGUUGCAUGUAGAGAGGAUUUGCCUCUGCAAUCUGCACCUAUAACUUCAGAUUUCUCAUCUAUUCAUUUAUUUCCUGCAGCUGUUGUGCACUCUGCAGUACCCCAGGGCCUCCAAACAUUUGCCUAUGCCCGCAGCCUCUGCUGCCAACAACUAUUACUUUCAAACCUUCAGCCUUAUGUGAAUGUGGGUGUGAAGCAGGAAAUUGCUGAAAUCGAACAUCUUUGCCCUGGAGAGCAAUUUGAACAGUUUUGAGCUUCUCUGAUAUGAAUUAUAAAAUACUAAAAAUCUGCAGCCACUAAAAUAUUUAUGAUUGGACACUGGGAAAAUAACCUGUUAGAGAACAGCAGAAUCUUGCAGGAUGUUCAACUUAAGGCAGACUUGCAUGAAAAACAUUGAUUUUAGCCACCUCACAAAGAACUCAGAGCCUGUUAUUGCAUUAAAUUCUAUUAGGUUCAGAAAUAAAAUAUUUGAAACUAAAUCCAAACAGAUUUUUGUUGUUCAUAUCAAUGUAUUAGCCAGAUAAUUUUAAUCAUGAUCAUUCACAUUAUUUUGCUUAGUUUAGGUUAUUCUGUUAGUGUGACAAUCUGUUGUUUAUGUAAGAAGUCUCUUUGUGUGUCUGUUUCCUUUGUUUCCCUCUUUUAUGAUUUUUCUGCUCCACCCUCAUUAGUGUCAGAACUACAGGUGACACUAAUGAGGGUGGAGCUGCUGAAGGUCUUAAAGGUUGUUAACGAUUGUUUUCACCUUUCACAGUUGUUUUCAUCUAUGUCCAAUCACUGGUGCAUAUGGUCUCCACCUUAUUACUUAUCACUCAGUCUGUUCUCCUAGUGCAUGUUUACCCAACUUUUUAUUUUUGUUUUAAUCAACUCUUUGCAUUUUGUAUAUUUUUUCAAGUUACUUCUGUCACUAAACACUUUAUUUGCGUUGCUUAGGAAUUCUUACAAUACACAAGAAUGAAAGUUUUUAGGAGUCUUUAGAAACACGAAUUGAAAAGGAAAUCGAAGAGUUGCAUUUUCUGGUAUUUAUGGCCUGUGUUACUGUGAGGUGGAGUCGUCCAGACACACCUGGUCCAUUGCACAGAGUAUGUUCACAUAACGACCAGCUUUUCUCUCCUGGCUUGUCUCACAGUUGAUUCACAUUCUAAAAAUCAGCAGUGUCGACUCUCAUGUUGAUGUACAGUAACACAGUGAUAUGAGGACAGCUUACCUCACUGUUACGCUUACUGGCCAACUUCACUUCAGCUUAAAGUAGGUCAGACGGCGCUCAGCUGCACUCGAACAAAAUGAAUAAAAAUGACCAAACUAGAGUUAAAGUGUUGAUUUUUGAUUACGCUGGUGCAAACUACUCAUCACUUCUUUGAUAAAACAACAAAAAACAAACUUUUUACAAACAUUACAGAACAUUACCUUUUAUAUUCACUUUUAAAAAGUUGAUACGACUUAUCAUCAAUGAUUGAUUCAACAAUAUGCACGAGUUUAUUCUUUGUGUUUCAAAGUCUUUGGGCAUCUUCAUGUGACAAAUCUAUUUUGGUACAUCGAGCCAGUAGAGAUUUGAAUUAAGCUAAAUUUACGGUAUUAGAUUAUUUGAUAUAGAAUUUUUUGUUGUUGUUGUUGUCCCCAAAAACAGUAGCUUUGUGUGUAGCUUUUUUGCAUGUCUGAAAACGGCUGACUUGUUUAGACCAGGCAUGAACUUUAACCCCUCUUUUGGGGUCUUUUGCAACAGAGAGCUGUUGAGACUCGUUGACCCCGCCGCCCCUGAGAUGAAUACAUGUAGAUUGUAAACAGCAGAUAAAGGUUAUGCAGGUUUUGUUUAAUUCACAGUUGUAUGACCUCUCUCGUCCCUGCUCUCUCUGUUUCUUUAUGUUAGUGCAUCAUUAAAAAGAUGUUUGCAGUGGUUUUGGUGGGAGAAAGUGGUCGAUACUUCUGUUAAACCCAUCUCUGUAGAAAACGAUCACUGAGCCCCCUCAGCUGAAUUCUACUGUCAUACUCCACAUAAAAUAUUUGGCACAUAUUUUAUGCAUCUAUUAACUGUGAUAGGAAACAUGAAGAUCUUUAUUGCUGUUCCUGGAGAGCUCUGUAGUAGGUUAUUUGUUUAUGCACUUUAACUUUAUCCAUGAUCACUUACAAAAACAGUCCAAUUCAAGUAAAAACUGAUCUAAUCUUUAGAUGAUGAUGAAUUUCUUCCAAAUCCUUUUGGAGCAGCUAGAGCGGGGGUGUCCAACUCCAGUCCUCGAGAGCUACACACCUGAAUCAAAUGCUAGCUUGUUAUCAAGCCUUUGCCAAACUUGAUGGCACGCUGAAGAUGUAUUCCAAUCAUCUGAUUUGUUUUAAUGCAUAUGAGAAAGAGAAAGGACAUGAAACAGUGAGUGGGGACUGGAGACAUGUAAGUGAUGUGAUCAAGCAGUCUGGAACACAACAAUGGAGUGAUGAACUUCAGCCUCAAGUCACGUUUGAUUGACUUAUUGAUAGUUGUUGAGGUGUAAAAGGAGUCGUUGACACACCCCACUUGACUGAUGAUGUCAACAGCAGACAAAUAACAGGAUAUACAGGGAUUAUUUUAUUGACAAAGUCAUAUCUUAAUUAAGUACCAGCAACCUUUUUAAGGGUCACAGACCAGGGAUAGUCACUCUGCUUUGGCCCUGUGUGUGUGCAGGCUGGAAGAGCUUCUCCAACUGCUUCUUACUGGAUUUGAACUUUUCAGAGACUCCUGCAAGGUGCUCCUACCUUUCAGCGAAUCAGUGUGAUUACUCAGGGGCAAAGGACUAUUGACUGUAGGGCUGCAGCUUCUGCAUUGGUUGAAUUUGUGUAAGGAAUUGAGGUGCAAUGGCUCAAACAGUCAACAUGAAGGUCCAGGAGCUACCAUAUCUGCCACCUGAAGUUUGGGUUUUGGUGUUCGGCUACUUGAACACUGAGGAAAAGCACACAGCCCGCCUCUGCUGCAGACACUUCAGAGAUCUCAUCGACCACCCGUCCCUGUGGAAGGAUUAUACAGCAGGACUCUCCUACGUUCCCCGCUACACGUCUGGAUUCUGGGACACCGUGCAGUGCCGUGGGGUCAGCCGUGCCACAGUGCAACAUUUACGACCCAAAGAUUGGAAAAUCCUCAGCAAGUCCCUCCCAUCACUCAACACCAUUGUCUGUGUGAGGGAACGGCGGAAUUACAAGAUGAAAUACUUAGACAACCUGUGUGAAUUCCCCAACCUGACGAGUCUUGGGGUACGAAACGCCACCUGGGUUGAGCCAUUACUGGUCCAGUGUCAGCGUAAGCAACUAGCAGAGCGGCUGACUCACCUGAGCGUGUGCAACAUUCAGAUGUCCUGCGAAGACACUGUGGAGUUCAUCAACAGCGUGUCACGCUUGGUCAACCUGGAGUACUUGCUGUUCCACCAGCAGGAAAGUGAAGGGCUUGGGAGGAUGAGGCCAGUGCCCUCUUACAUCUUCCACAACCUGCUGCUAAGCCUGAAGAAACUCAAACACUUAUCCUGGGGAAUGAAAGGGGAGCCACCAGUGCCACUGCCCGACAACUACUUCUAUCCACUGGACCCAGAAAACCCAGGAGAGUACGGCGGCCCAGAACUGAUCUCUUUGGAGUUAGUCAAUUACACAGAAAUCAUCCUGUCGGAGUACGCGCUGAGGGGUCUGACUUCACUCAAGUCGCUUGCUGUCCACUACAGGUACCCCUGGGAUGGUAUCCAGUGCAAUCUCUAUUCCUGGCUCAAUCAUCUGCAACAGCUGGAAUCACUCUCAAUCAUUGGAGGGAAUUUUCUUGCCUCUUAUACGGAAGCCCUUCCACCCCAGGUGACCAGUCUGACACUGCGAACAUCCAUAUGCGCGUGCCAGAUGAACUCCAUUGCAUCUCAACUCAAGCGAGUUGAGCAUCUCGACAUAGAUCAGAACCGUUUUGCCGAUAGUCUCUGCAAACAGCUUCCUACACUGUUUCCUCAACUCAAGACUCUCAGGAUACGAUUCCACCGUGAGGAACCAAAAAGAGACCUGCUGUUCCUCAACAAGCUGCGACACCUGGAGCGACUGGAGCUGAUCACGAGACAGACAUACAUUCUUAUAAGUGACAAAAACAAAACUUGGCCGAGUCCAUCUUUGGAGAGACUGAUCAAGGAGCUGCGGGAGCUCUCCAGGAACAGGUUCAGCAUCAUGACCACGAUGCCCAAAAGGGACGUUUUUCGAGAAUGCGACUGCAUUUGGGAACGAGAGGAAACACGAUUCUAAUCCUGAGCAGUGCAAAGUGAACAAUACAGAAAAAUGAUUAUUAUAUAGUUUUUUUUCUCCAGUGCCUCAGGAUACUAAUUGAUAUGGACUUUCAUGAGGUACCAUAGCAGCUUUAAACAUCUGUAUCACCCCAAGGACUCCCAAUGGGUGCAACACUACCUUUAAAAUAAAUGAAGGUCAAAGAAAUAAGCUGCUGCUUUGUUGCUGCAGAGAAACUUUACAUAUGGUUAAAAUGAUGUGAUGCGAUGUGAAAUAUUCCAGUGUUAUUUUUGAAUGCAUUGCUACAAGCAUGUUACAAUGGGAAAUUCUCUGGUUGUGUGAGUAUUUAUAAUUUUUUUGUUUUGUUUUUUGAUCAAAUAAAAACUAGUUUCAUAAAGAACUGCA